UAUGGCGCCGGGAGGAGCGUUAGCUUCUCGACCAGUCGUUGUCUGAAAGACCGGCGAUCCGGCAGGAUGAACCUCUGCGCCCAAUAUCUACGACAGGCAGAGGCCCUGAAGGCUGACAUGACAGAUUCAAAGCUGGGGGCAGCAGAGGUGUGGACGUCUCGGCAGGCCCUGCAGGACCUGUACCAGAAGAUGCUGGUCACUGACCUGGAGUAUGCCCUGGACAAGAAGGUGGAGCAAGACCUGUGGAAUCAUGCUUUUAAGAACCAGAUCACCACACUGCAGAGCCAGGCCAAGAACCGAGCCAACCCCAACCGCAGCGAGGUCCAGGCCAACCUGUCGCUGUUUCUGGAGGCUGCUAGUGGCUUCUACACGCAGUUACUGCAGGAGCUGUGCACCGUGUUCAACGUGGACCUGCCGUGUCGCGUCAAGUCGUCUCAGCUCGGCAUCAUCAGCAAUAAGCAGAGCAGCACCAGCGCCAUCGUCACCCCGCAGCCCAGCUCCUGCUCCUACAUCUGCCAGCACUGCCUCGUCCACCUCGGAGACAUCGCACGUUACCGUAACCAGACCAGCCAGGCAGAGUCUUACUACCGACACGCAGCUCAGCUGGUCCCAUCAAACGGUCAGCCGUACAACCAGCUGGCCAUCCUGGCCUCCUCUAAAGGAGACCACCUCACCACCAUCUUCUACUACUGCCGCAGCAUCGCAGUCAAGUUCCCCUUCCCAGCAGCCUCCACCAACCUGCAGAAGGCCCUGUCCAAGGCUCUGGAGAGCCGCGAUGAAGUCAAAACCAAAUGGAGCGUGUCAGAUUUCAUCAGGGCCUUCAUCAAGUUUCAUGGUCACGUCUACCUGAGCAAGAGUCUGGACAAACUGGACGCUCUCAGGGAGAAACUGGAGGAGCAGUUUCAGAGGCUGAUCUUGCAGAAAGCCUUCAGCUCUCAGCAGCUGGUCCACAUCACUGUCAUCAACCUGUUUGAGCUGCACCACCUCAGAGACCUGACAGCUGACGGCAGCGAGCAGAGCUACAGCAGCGAGCAGCAGAUCAGCUGGUUCCAGCUGCUCGGACUCUUCAUGUCCUUCCUGGGUGUCAUGUGCAGCCGUGCUCUGCUCAACAAUAACAGAGGGGAGGAGAUCAUGGGCGAGUGUCCUCUGCCGGCCAUUAAAGUUUCUCUGGACUGGCUCAAACUGAGACCUAGUGUCUUCCACGAGGCCGCUGUGGACAAGAGGCAGUACAUCUGGCCCUGGCUGGUCUCCAUACUCAACAGUUUCCAGCCCAAGGAGGACAAUGUGUCCUGUUCCUCAGUGAUGCCCCUGCCAGAGGAGUUUGAGUUGCAAGGUUUCUUGGCGCUGCGGCCCGCUCUGAGGUCCUUGGACUUCACUAAAGGUCAUCAGGGCAUACUGGUGGACAGGGACGGCCUGCCGCUCCACACUCGCCAUCAGAGACUUGUCGGUCUGGGCAAAUGGGUGGCCGACAACCAGCCGGGACUGAUCCAGUGCAGAGUGAAUGAGGACGGCCUCCUCGUCUUUCUCACUGACAUUCCAGAGCAGGCCAUCGAGGAGCCGCAGGAGAAGGAGGCGCCGGUGCUACAGGAGUCCUCCAACGGCGAGCAGAUGCCCAACGACGGCGGAAACUCUGGCCUGAAGUCGGUGCUGUCGGCGGGGAAGACGCAGAGCUCGUGGCCCGAUGGCAGCGACCGGCCCGUCGUCACCUUCAAGGAGAACAUCAAACCCAGAGAACAGAGCCGCGAGCCGACACGAAACCAUCACCUGAAAGACAGCGGCAAGGAGCGCCGCGACUUCGCCAAAGGCAACGGGUCGGCCGGGAAAGGAGAGCUGAAGCGGGACGGGAAGAGGAAGAGCGAGCUGAAAAAAGCCGGUCAUGAGAAAACAACUGAUGCUGGAAAACAGGUGAAGGCGCAGACGGAGCUGAGGAAGACUCCGGUGUCUGAGGCGAAGAAGACUCCUGUCACUCAGACUCAAGCCGCAGGCUCCUCCCAGUUUAUUCCCAUCCAUCACCCUGGAGCCUUCCCACCACUGCCCAGCAGACCUGGUUUCCCUCCCUCGGCCUAUGUGAUCCCUCCGCCGGUGGCGUUCCCAGGUCUUCAGGUGAAUCCGGGCUUCUCCUUCUCCACCGGCGUGUCCGUCCCCGGACCUUUCCUCCAGCCAGGCGUCCACACCCAGAGCGGCACCCAGGCCGGGAAGCAGUCCCACAUUCCCUACAGUCAGCAGAGGCCCUCUGGUCCUGGUCCAGGUCAGGGACCAGGAUCCUCGGGCCAGGGCUCGGGACCCAUGAACCAGGGGCCCUCCCAGGGCCAGCAGCCCCCGACCCAGCCGUCCUCCCAGCAGGCCUUGCAACAGUCGGUCCAGCUGCAGGUGCAGGCGUUGAGCCAGCAGCAGUCUCCCACCAAACCGGUCCAGCAGGUCGGGAUGGGGAAGAGUCCACCUCACCACCCGGGGCUGCAGCAGCAGUACAUGCAGGUUCAGGAUCAGCCGGCUCAGAUGUGGAACCAGGCUCAGGCUGCUCUGCAGAAGAUUUCUCCCAUGCAGAUGUCCAUGAAGCAGCCUCAGCAGCAGCAGCAGGCCUUCUACAUGGCGGCACAGGAUCCUCUCAAACUGUACGAGCACCAGCUGCAGCCCCCCGCCCAGCCUCAACUCUCCAACCUGGACAAGAAGAUCAAGUACCCCAACGUCAAGAUGCAGGACUUCUACUGGGAGCCGUCGUACAGGAUAGGGGAGGGUCUGGCUGUGAUGGCAGACAGGAUGAAGAGGCCUCCGCCAGGUGGUAUCUGUCCUGAGCAGGACCCCUCCGCCGGGCCCCGGGGACCCCCAUUUGAGGACAACAAGAGCUCGCCUCUUCUACCUCCUGACCUGUUAAAAACUCUAGCAGAUUUUGAGGAGGAGGAAGAGCUCGUCUUUACUAAGCCUCCUGAUUUCUUCCAGGCCUUGGCUGGCCCUCUUAGCACUGCUCCUGGACCAAACAUAUUUCUGCCAAACCAGACCAGGAUGGAGAGUGGCCCCGAGGUCGUCAGCCAACCGUCUUCUCUCUUGCCUAUAUCUGGCUUCCCCAUGCAGGAGUAUAACCAGAACAGCAUCUUCAGUCAGGCCUACGGCAAGAACCUGCCACCCAGCACCAGGCCUGACGCUCCCAUGAUGCACCAGGAGCCGUCCCUCUACUCCCUGUUUGAAGGGACUCCCUGGUCCCCCUCCCUCCCUGCCAGCUCAGAUCACUCCACCCCGGCCAGCCAAUCCCCUCACUCCUCCAACCCCAGCAGCCUGCCGUCCUCCCCCCCGACCCACAAUCAUGGAGCCAUGCCCUUCUCUAACUUUGGGCCCAUAGGCACUCCGGACAGCCGGGACCGCAGGGUGGUGGACCGCUGGAAGGCUGACAAGACUGGCACGGUCGGCGGGUUCGGUCUGGACUACCUGCCCGCCGCAGCGUCCUCUGCAGCUUCGGACACCAGCUGGCACCAGGCCGGACCGGCCGGCAGCUCCUGGACCAGUCAGGAGUCUCCAAUGGAGGAAUCGUCCUCCACCGUGCUGCUCGACAGCCUCAAGUCCAUCUGGUCGAGCUCCAUGAUGCAGCCGGGCCCGUCGGCCCUGGAGCAGCUCCUCCUGCAGCAGAAACAGAAGCAGCAGCGAGGUCACGGCGCCAUGAACCCGCCUCACUGAACGGCAGGCCGAGGCGGCGCUUUGUGUCCGGACGUCAGCGAAACCACCACCAGGAGAAAUGGGAGGAAAAAAACAAAAGUUUGACGAAGACGAGCUCCAACUAAAAUGGAAAAUUAAACCGGUGAGAAACGGUGGAGGCUGGGGAGGCCACACGACCCCCCGACGAGGCUGAAACACCACCCCACCCCCCUCGACUGUCGAGGAGCGGUGACGCCCCUCCUGGACCGGAGGGCGAGGGAUCUCUUCAAACGCGGUGCCACGCGCCAUGCUACCGCCGGGUUUCCUUCAACCCGCGGAAAUCUGAACAAUGAGGAACAUAACCCCCCCACCACCACUGCCCCCCCGGUUUUGGACAGACGCCACAUCUCCACAGCUCCUCUCAUCUGGAAGAACGUCUUCUUUCCUCCUGGACAUCUGCUCGGCUCGGUCGGAGUGCCUGUUUUUAGCGUCUCCGCCGCCGCAGACUGAAGCAGGAGAGUCUGAGUGAGGGAGCGAGGAUGGUGUGGUGGUCGGGUUUGGGUGGGGAGGUCAGGUGAAGCACCGGGGGUCAAAAAAGACUGGACUUUCUGAUCUCUCAUUCAUUUUCAUUACUGUGGAGGAGGAGGAGGAGGAGGAAGGCUCGCUGUAGUUUAGUGGUUGAAUGAAGGAAGGAAAGGAGGACGUUGGGGAUGGGACAGCUAUAUAAAUAUAUAAAUAAAUAUAUAUUGCCAUAGUUGGACUUUGAACGGGCCUCGUCUCUUCGCCGCGUUGUGAGGAUGAGGACCGGACGCUGCUUUGUGAAGCCAGGUGCGUGACGUCACCUGGGAGGAAGAGCCCGGAAGCCCGACGACGGGACGCCCUCGUGGUGCCAGUAAACAUCACAGGAAAGAAGAAGUACGAGGGAGGGGGGGCUAAGAACACAACGACCCGGCACACUUAGGGGUAGUAUUACCGUUAGCUUCAAGAGAUUGCAGAUAUUAACAAAAAAAGCUGUAUUUUGUGAUUUGUUCGUAGCAGUUUUAGCUUCACGCCCUCUGAGGUGAAUACAGGUAUGUCUAUUAGCUUCCUGCUUGAAUAUUUUCGGGCUUCUCUUCCUCUCUGGCCUCUUCUUCCUGUUAUUUCUUUACUUAAUGAAGAAAAAAAAAACAAAAGAUGUAACCCUGCUCGCUUACUUAACCUGCAUUUACUGUUUCUUUUUUUUCAUGUUCUGCCUUUUUACUAGUUUUAAGCAGCUCUGUCGGCUCCUCUGUGCCUGCUCACUGUCCCGUAACUACUGACUGCUGUGAAGGUUAGCACAGGGCCACAGACAGACAGACAGACAGGUAGACAGAAAGGUGAACUCAGGUCGGUGGCUCCGCCUGAAUGUUUCCCCACUAUCUUUUCUUCAAUAACCGCGACUGCAGCUCGACCCUGUACAGCAGAUUUUUUAUGAAUCGUAGCGUCUGCAGACUCUGAAGCUCUGUUUUUAUUGGACCUGUAACUGAAGCCCGUUUCCAGCCUGAAAGGAACCAAACAGGAACCAAACUCAGGAACUGAAAGCCCCCAGACCACACACACACACUCUGUCCUCGUGUUCUUCAGGCUGCAGUUAACUCAUUUUUUUCGAAUUGUAAUUGAUUCAUACUUUGGUUUAUAAAAUGUCCAGAAAAUUCCCAGGUGACGUCUUCAGAAGGCUCCGUAGCUCAAACAUCCUCAGUUCGGAUCAAGGAAAGAAAACCGCGAUAUUUCUGUUGAGAAGCUGAACCUGUCGCCUGAUAAUCGAUGGUUCUGCUCGUUAACUCUCUGUUGAGCGACUCGUCGGCUAAUCGACUCGUAGCUUCAUUUUAGUCAAGUGGUUUUUACCAACGAGAGGCUGCAAACAGGAACUGUUGGGUUUUUGUUUGGUGAACUGAUGAUCGUUCACGUUCAGCCCUGCGUUUUGUUUGAAAGGCGACGGGCAGAGGCACUUGUCUAGUUUUCCAGGUCUUUAUUUCUGCUUUAAUGUAACACUCAGCAACAACAGACCGAACCCUGAUGGUUCCCGGGCGACCUCGCAAAGACUUUUUUUAGGUCCAGGAACUGAACAGGAAGUUUGAGUUCCCUGAAAAGGUUCCUGAGUUGCUGAAACGUUCCUGUGGUGGAAACGGGCUAGAAGAGUUCCGUUGGGUUUGGGGGGUUUUAUUUCUGUGGUCUCACCCUUGUAGAGCAUUUACAAGCCGUCAGUCCUGGUUGUUUUAGAGCCAAUCAGAAAGCAGCGAGUGACAGCUGACCAAUCAGGCCGCUUAGAGGCUCCAACAUCCCCCCAUAGGCUUCAGGCUUAGCAGGAUGUGACGGUUUAGACUGCAGCACUGUACCUUCCUGUCCAGUUUAAACCAGCAGAACGCUGUUUUUCUACCUUCAAAGUGAGACACAAACGCUCAUCGUUCAGUUCCAAGAGAUUCAAAAAAUAAAAGCCUGUUUUUAUUUUCCCCUCGCGGGAGUUUUAUUAAAGCAGACUUCAAAGAGACGUGUCUAUUUUCCGUGUGAUUGUGCUUUUCAUGUUGCAUUUACAAAAUGUAUUUGAAAAAUAAUAAAGAUAAAAUAUUAAUGAAUGUGAGGACGAAUUUGGCCAGAAGCAUUGAGGAGAGGGAAAAGCUCCAGUUUUCAUGUUGAAGCUGACCACGUGGACCCGAGCUGGUUACUGGUUCUGCUUGCCUUUUGUUUUUGGAGUAAGAACUAAACGGAUCAACCCGAUGCGUUUGUCGACGACAUUCCACUCUGGAUGUUUGGGAGGUUUCAGGGCGCCGGGUCCUCAUUGGUUGGAGCUCUGACGGAGAGUUUGUGACAGGAAACAUCAGACCUGAGCUUUGACUUGUGAGGUGUUUUGUGUUUCUGUCUCUCUGUAGACUUUCAGAACUGGUGGAAUCAGCCUUUAAAUAAACGUUCAGAUGUUCU